CACAAUCACAAUUCACAAACCCCCGCUUCGCCUCCAAUUUCAACUAGAGAGAGAGAGAGAGGGGAAAAGACAGAGAGCGCCACUCUGCUAUCUCAUCCUCUACUCUAAACCCUAAUUCUCCUCCGAUGGAUCCUCAGGCGAAUCAAAUCCAGCAGGCGCAACUUGCAGCCGUUCUCGGACCGGAUCCGGCGCCGUUCGAGGCACUCAUUUCUCAUCUCAUGUCAACGUCCAACGAGCAACGAUCCGAAGCCGAGCUUAUCUUCAACCUCUGCAAGCAGAAUGAUCCAAACUCUCUCGUUCUCAAACUCGCUCAUCUCCUCCAGCAUUCGUCUACCUUGGAGGCACGUGCGAUGGCCGCAAUUCUCCUCAGGAAACAGCUAACUCGGGAUGACUCCUACAUAUGGCCCAGGCUGACACCGUCGACACAAUCCUCGCUCAAAUCGGUGUUGCUUGGCUGCGUCCAGAGAGAGGAAGCGAAGUCGAUAAUUAAAAAGUUGUGCGAUACCGUCUCAGAACUUGCUUCCGGUGUGUUGCCAGAGAAUGGAUGGCCGGAGUUGUUGCCGUUUAUGUUCCAGUGCGUCUCUUCUGAUUCGACCAAACUUCAAGAGUCGGCAUUCCUGAUAUUCGCUCAACUGGCGCAGUACAUUGGGGAAACGCUUACCCCUCAUAUUAAGCAUCUCCAUGGCGUGUUCUUGCAAUGCCUAACUACGUCGCCUAAUUCGGAUGUGAAGAUUGCAGCCCUCAGCGCUGUGGUUAAUUUCAUCCAGUGCUUGACUAAUUCGAGCGACCGAGACCGGUUCCAGGAUUUGCUGCCAACGAUGAUGGCAACACUUACUGAAGCUUUGAAUGGUGGGCAGGAGGCUACUGCACAGGAAGCGCUUGAAUUGUUGAUUGAAUUGGCGGGGACAGAGCCGAGGUUCUUCAGGAGGCAGCUGGUGGAUAUAGUGGGGGCUAUGUUACAGAUUGCAGAGGCAGAAUCAUUGGAAGAAGGAACAAGACAUUUAGCAGUCGAGUUUGUCAUAACACUGGCGGAAGCCAGAGAGAGAGCACCGGGCAUGAUGAGGAAGUUGCCGCAAUUCAUUAGCAGGCUAUUUUCUAUUUUGAUGAAGAUGCUGUUAGAUAUUGAGGACGAACAGGAAUGGCACAGUGCACAGACUGAGGACGAGGAUGCAGGGGAGACUAGCAAUUACAGUGUUGGACAAGAGUGUUUGGAUCGUUUAGCGAUUGCAUUGGGUGGAAACACAAUUGUCCCCGUGGCAUCUGAGCAAUUGCCUGCAUAUUUGGCAGCUCCGGAAUGGCAGAAGCAUCAUGCUUCCCUUAUUGCACUUGCUCAGAUUGCAGAAGGGUGCUCAAAGGUGAUGAUUAAAAAUUUGGAACCAAUAGUCAAGAUGGUUUUGGGUUCAUUUCAAGAUCCUCACCCUCGGGUCAGGUGGGCAGCCAUCAAUGCUAUUGGACAACUGUCUACAGACUUGGGGCCAGACUUGCAAGUUCAGUACCACCAACAGGUUCUACCAGCUUUAGCUUCAGCAAUGGAUGAUUUCCAGAACCCUCGUGUACAGGCACAUGCUGCCUCAGCUGUGCUCAAUUUCAGUGAGAAUUGUACCCCGGAAAUUUUGACACCAUAUUUGGACGGGUUGGUCAGCAAACUGCUUAUACUUUUGCAGAAUGGUAAACAAAUGGUACAAGAAGGUGCCUUGACAGCCUUAGCAUCGGUUGCUGAUUCAUCUCAGGAACAUUUCCAAAAAUACUACGAUGCAGUUAUGCCUUACUUAAAGGCCAUCCUUGUUAAUGCAACGGAUAAAUCAAAUCGGAUGCUUCGGGCCAAAGCCAUGGAAUGUAUUAGUUUAGUUGGAAUGGCUGUUGGAAAAGACAAAUUCAGGGAAGAUGCCAAACAUGUUAUGGAUGUGUUAAUGACAUUGCAAGGAUCUGAGAUGGAAGCUGAUGAUCCUACUACAAGUUAUAUGCUACAAGCAUGGGCCAGGCUCUGCAAAUGCCUGGGUCAGGACUUUCUACCCUAUAUGAGUGUUGUAAUGCCACCCCUGCUCCUAUCUGCUCAACUCAAACCUGAUGUUACUAUUACAUCAGCAGAUUCUGAUGAUGAAGUUGAUGAAUCUGAUGACGAAAGUAUGGAGACCAUUACUUUGGGGGACAAAAGAAUUGCAAUUAAGACUAGUGUACUUGAGGAGAAAGCCACAGCAUGUAACAUGCUAUGCUGUUAUGCUGAUGAGUUGAAGGAGGGUUUCUAUCCCUGGAUUGACCAGGUAGCUCCAACUUUGGUUCCACUUCUGAAAUUUUAUUUCCAUGAAGAAGUCAGGAAAGCAGCUGUUUCAGCUAUGCCAGAGCUACUGAGAUCAGCAAAACUAGCAGUAGAGAAAGGGUUAGCUCAAGGUCGUAAUGAGUCAUACAUUAAGCAGCUAUCAGAUUACAUUGUACCAGCUUUAGUGGAAGCUCUGCAUAAGGAGCCUGACACUGAAAUAUGCGCAAGCAUGCUGGAUGCAUUGAACGAAUGUAUACAGAUAUCUGGUCCACUCCUUGAUGAAAACCAGGUGAGGAGCAUUGUUGACGAGAUAAAGCAAGCAAUCACUGCCAGUUCUAGCAGAAGACGGGAGAGAGCUGAGAGGGCAAAGGCUGAAGACUUUGACGCUGAGGAGAAUGAGUUAAUUAAGGAGGAAAAUGAGCAGGAGGAAGAAGUUUUUGACCAAGUGGGAGAGAUUCUUGGUACUUUGAUCAAAACAUUCAAGGCCUCUUUUUUGCCAAUGUUUGAUGAGCUCUCCUCUUAUUUAACGCCUAUGUGGGGCAAGGAUAAAACAGUUGAGGAGAGAAGAAUAGCAAUUUGCAUAUUUGACGAUGUUGCAGAGCAUUGUCGUGAAGCCGCUUUGAAAUAUUAUGAGACAUAUCUUCCUUUCCUUUUGGAAGCUUGCAAUGAUGAGAAUCCAGAUAUUAGACAGGCUGCCGUGUAUGGACUUGGUGUUUGUGCUGAAUUUGGUGGUCCUGCUUUUAAACCUCUUAUUGGAGAGGCUCUAUCCCGGUUAAAUAGAGUGAUAGCAGAUCCUAAUGCACUGAAGUCUGAGAACGUAAUGGCUUAUGAUAAUGCUGUUUCUGCUUUGGGGAAAAUAUGUCAGUUCCAUCGAGACAGCAUAAAUUCAUCUCAGGUUCUUCCUGCAUGGUUAAGUUACUUACCUAUAAAAGGGGAUCUAGUUGAAGCCAAAGUAGUCCAUGAUCAAUUGUGUUCAAUGGUAGAGAGGUCUGACAUGGAACUCUUGGGUCCCAACAAUCAGUACCUUCCUAAAAUUGUUGCUGUAUUUGCAGAGGUAUUGUGUGCGGGGAAGGAUCUUGCAACAGAGCAAACUGCUAGCAGAAUGGUGAAUCUUCUGAGGCAGCUUCAACAGACAUUGCCACCAGCCACACUUGCUUCAACUUGGUCAUCCUUGCAUCCUCAGCAGCAGCUUGCUUUGCAGUCUAUUCUGUCUUCAUAAAAAAGAAGAUUCCUUGUUGGAUUGAUGAUGAUCUUGUACUUUAUUAGUGAUUCAUAUAUUUUCUUCUUUAUUCUUUUCACAUGGGGCAGCUGAUCAAAAUCCAUUUUGGCGCCAACUUUCUGGAGGAGAUGAUGGAUGAAUGGAUUUUUGUUUCCGUACUACUAGUGUGUAUAUUUUUAUUUAUAUUUUUGGGCUAUCAGACCAUGAAGAAAUUAUGGGGGUGCCUGCCUUUAAACGUGUUUUGUGUCGUGCGUUGUUUUUGGAAGUAAAGAAUUUGGAUGGUUUUGUCGGGUGGGCAAUUCCCUUCACAGUUUUGGGUUAUGUCAUUUUCUUAAUAUGUUCGAUUGAGAUACUUUAUAAAGAUUUUUUUAAGUUAUAAAUGGUGAUUGAUUCUUUUUCUGU